CCUCACACCACACCCAGCUAGAGCGAGGCGGACACCCAAGCAACCACACUCUCCCACCCUCAGCCACCGCACAAGCAAGAAGAAGAAGAAGAGGUCUUCUCUCUCCCUGCUUUGCUUAGCCAUGUCGUCGUCGGCCAUGGAAGCGCUCCACGCCCUGAUCCCGGAGCAGCAGCAGCGCGACGGGGAGAUGGCGGCCGCGGCGCUCAGCGGCGCCACCAGCGGCGAGGAGAGCGGCCACGUGCUGCAGGGCUGGGCCAAGAGGAAGCGAUCGCGCCGCCAGCGCUCCGAGGAGGAGAACCUCGCGCUCUGCCUCCUCAUGCUCUCCCGCGGCGGCAAGCAGCGUGUUCAGGCGCCGCAGCCGGAGUCGUUCUCUGCGCCGGUGCCUGCCGAGUUCAAGUGCUCCGUGUGCGGCAAGUCCUUCAGCUCCUACCAGGCGCUGGGUGGCCACAAGACGAGCCACCGGGUGAAGCAGCCGUCUCCUCCCGCUGAUGCCGCCGCCGCUCCACUCGUGGCCCUCCCGGCCGUCGCCGCCGUCCUGCCGUCCGCCGAGCCGGCCACGUCGUCCACCGCCGCGUCCUCCGACGGCACGACCAACAGGGUCCACAGGUGCUCCAUCUGCCAAAAGGAGUUCCCCACCGGGCAGGCGCUGGGCGGGCACAAGAGGAAGCACUACGACGGAGGCGUGGGCAGCGUCGCCCCCUCGUCCACCGAGCUUCUGGCCGCCGCGGCCGCCGAGUCCGAGGUGGGGAGCACCGGCAACGGGAGCUCCGCCGCCCGGGCCUUCGACCUGAACAUCCCGGCCGUGCCGGAGUUCGUGUGGAGGCCGUGCGCCAAGGGCAAGAUGUGGGAGGACGAGGAGGAGGUGCAGAGCCCCCUCGCCUUCAAGAAGCCCCGGCUUCUCACCGCCUGAGCAUCUAGCUGCUGCUGCAUGGAUCCCAUCGAUCCAUCCAAGUUUUUGGUCCAGUCCAGUCCAGUGGUGAAAUUCGUUGAUUCGUUUGGUUAAAUUUGUUCUGCUCCUGUACAGAUUGAGUGAGUGAGUGAGUAAUACUACAUACAUACUCCAGUAGCCAUAUACGUAGAAGAUAUAGGCAGUAGAUCUUGUUGGUUCCUUGUAACGACGGAGGAGUACUUGCUUCCUCUUUCAGAUGUUGUGUAGGCGUCAGUAUAUUGUACUAGUCGACAGUUCAUACAUACUCAUACAGAGAUUGGUCAUGAACUGGCAGUGCCGUGUAACAUAAACAUGGAUGAAAUUGGAGAUUAUUGGAAUUGAUGAAAAUUCUGCGCUUGUUUUAUCAA